AUGUUGAGACGCAUCGCCACAGCAACCAAGCAGUCCCCAUUCGUUAUCACCUACUUUGAGUAUAUGGAAUUGCGAGGUUAUCCCGCUUUCCUGUUGAGUGGGGGUUGUGGAACGGACCUCUUUGAUCUCUCAGUCAAAUAUGGUGGAAUGUCAGAAGAACAGGCCAAAUUCUAUGCUUAUAUCAAACCGGAGAAUAUCUUACUCUAUCACACUGGCCACAUCAUGAUCGCCGACUUCGAUAUUGCCAUUGACCAAUCAGAGCGUGAGAAUGACUUGCACGAAGAAAUCGGAUGUGUGGAGUAUGGCUGCUGUGAUAGCUCAUCUAGUCACUUCUUCGAGGACGUGGACUGGCAAAUGGUGGAGAAUCUAAAACUCACUCCACCAUUCGACUUCCUCCAUGAGGAGAAUUCACCUCAGCAACUGCCACAGAUGGGAAACAUCAAGGAUGACUCCAUAGUUGGUGGACCACGUGCUCCCUCCGAAGUUGACAACGACAUCGUCGCUUCAAGACCUAAAGUGCAUGAAAGUAUCUCGUCUCAUUCUUAG